AUGGGUGCUACUGAGGAAGCUGAGUAUAGCAUCAAGCCAGAAAAUUCCACCCCAUCUAUUCCCACAUCAGAGUGGCCCCUAUUAUUGAAGAACUAUGAUAAAUUACUCGUUCGAACCGGACAUUUCACACCUAUUCCUUGUGGAUGCACACCCCUCAAGCGCGAUCUCAAAUCAUACAUUUCUUCCGGAGUCAUAAACCUCGACAAACCAUCAAAUCCGUCCAGUCAUGAAGUUGUUGCGUGGGUGAAGCGCAUGCUACGGGUGGAGAAGACAGGUCACAGCGGAACCUUAGACCCCAAAGUGACAGGAUGUCUCAUUGUGUGUAUUGAUCGUGCCACGAGACUGGUCAAGUCACAGCAAGGAGCAGGCAAGGAGUAUGUGUGUGUGAUCAGAUUGCACGACAAGUUACCAGGCGGAGAAGCGCAAUUUGCGAGGGCGUUGGAAACUCUGACGGGUGCAUUAUUUCAACGACCUCCGCUUAUUUCGGCAGUUAAGCGACAGUUGCGUAUCCGGACAAUUCAUGAAAGCAAGCUUUAUGAAUUCGAUAAUGACAGACACUUGGCUGUGUUCUGGGUGUCAUGCGAAGCUGGAACAUAUAUCCGGACGCUUUGUGUGCAUCUCGGCUUACUGCUGGGAGUUGGCGCCCAUAUGCAAGAGUUGCGGAGGGUACGAAGCGGCGCAAUGGACGAAGCCGAUGGCAUGGUCACUUUACACGAUGUUUUGGACGCGCAAUGGGUGAUGGACAACAACCGAGACGAAUCAUACCUGCGGGCAGUCAUCUCGCCGUUGGAAAGCCUUCUUACGACAUACAAGCGGAUAGUCGUAAAGGAUAGUGCCGUCAACGCGGUGUGCUACGGAGCGAAACUUAUGAUACCUGGUCUGCUACGGUUCGAAUCUGGGAUCGAGAUUCAUGAAGAGGUUGUCCUAAUGACCACGAAAGGGGAGGCUAUUGCUUUGGGUAUUGCACAAAUGUCAACAGUGGAGCUCUCAACAUGCGAUCAUGGCGUGGUCGCUAAAGUCAAGAGAUGUAUCAUGGAGAGAGACUUAUAUCCCCGGAGAUGGGGUAUGGGCCCUGUUGCAUUGGAGAAGAAGAAAAUGAAAUCAGAUGGAAAGCUCGAUAAAUACGGUCGACCAAAUGAAGCGACACCCUCGAAGUGGAACUCAGAAUACAAGGAUUACAAUGCGCCAGCAGACGGCACUCCAGCACAGCCAGUAGCUGAGAAAACAGCUAAGGAGGACGUACUCGCUGCACCAUCUGUUGCCCCAAAUGGCACUUCCGAGGCAAUGGAAGUGGAUGAGCCGAAGGCAAAUGGCGAGAAAGAAAAGAAGCGGAAGAGACAUGACGGUGAGACGCCAGAGGAGAAAGCAGAGCGCAAACGCAGGAAGAAGGAGAAGAAGGAAAAGAAGGCUGCAAAAGGGGCCGCAAAAGGGGCAAAGGCCAACGAAAGUGAGGAGAGUGAUUGA